GCUGGUGCAGUGGGUGCCUGUUUCUGUUCUCCCACACUCAGCGUGCUGAGCUGCUACACUUCAGUCCCACUAUGUCCAAGCCUCUGUCUGACCAUGAUAGAAGGAAACAAAUUUCAGUGCGAGGCCUCGCUGGCGUGGAGAACGUGGCAGACCUGAAGCAGAACUUCAACAGACACCUCCACUUUACGCUGGUGAAGGACAGAAAUGUGGCGGCCAAAAGGGAUUACUAUUUUGCUCUGGCCCACACGGUGCGUGACCACUUGAUUGGCAGGUGGAUCAGAACCCAGCAGCACUACUAUGAGAAAGACCCCAAACGCGUCUACUACAUCUCUCUUGAGUUCUACAUGGGUCGCACGCUCCAGAACACCAUGGUGAACCUGGCUCUGGAGAAUGCCUGUGAUGAAGCCACGUACCAGUUGGGUUUGGACAUGGAGGAGUUGGAGGACAUGGAGGAAGAUGCUGGUUUGGGGAACGGUGGCCUGGGCCGCCUUGCUGCCUGCUUCCUGGACUCCAUGGCCUCACUGGGCCUGGCUGCCUACGGAUACGGCAUUCGCUAUGAAUUCGGCAUCUUCAACCAAAAAAUUGUCAAUGGCUGGCAGGUUGAGGAGGCUGAUGAUUGGCUGCGCUAUGGCAACCCCUGGGAGAAAGCUCGCCCUGAGUACAUGCGUCCCGUUCAUUUCUAUGGCAGGACCGAUCAUCAAACCGAUGGUGUCAAAUGGGUGGACACCCAGGUGGUGUUGGCUCUGCCGUACGACACACCAGUCCCGGGAUACAGAAACAACGUUGUGAACACCAUGAGACUCUGGUCUGCCAAGGCGCCCUGCGAGUUCAACCUCAAAGACUUCAAUAUCGGCGGCUACAUUCAGGCCGUUUUGGACAGAAACUUGGCUGAAAACAUCUCCCGUGUGCUCUACCCCAACGAUAAUUUCUUUGAGGGGAAGGAGCUCCGCCUGAAGCAAGAAUACUUUGUGGUUUCUGCCACCCUGCAAGACAUCAUCCGCCGCUUCAAGGUCUCCAAGUUUGGCUCCAGGGAGGUCGCUCGCACCGACUUCAACACGCUGCCCGACAAGGUUGCCAUCCAGCUGAACGACACCCACCCAGCCAUGGCCAUCCCUGAGCUGAUGAGGGUUCUUGUUGAUGAAGAGAAGCUCACUUGGGAUAAUGCCUGGGACAUCUGUGUGCGUACCUGUGCCUACACCAAUCACACAGUCCUCCCUGAAGCUCUGGAGCGCUGGCCAGUAGACCUGUUUGCUCAUCUGCUGCCCCGCCACCUGGAAAUAGUCUUUGAGAUCAACCGUCGCCACCUGGAGAGAGUUGCUGCCAAAUAUCCAGGAGAUGUAGAUCGCCUUCGCCGAAUGUCCCUGAUUGAGGAGGAGGGGCAGAAGAGGAUCAACAUGGCACACUUGUGCAUUGUGGGAUCUCAUGCUGUCAAUGGUGUAGCUCGUAUACACUCCGACAUCCUCAAAGCAACAAUUUUUAAGGACUUCUUUGAAAUGGAGCCACAUAAGUUCCAGAACAAAACCAACGGCAUCACUCCUCGCCGCUGGCUGGUCAUGUGCAACCCCGGGCUGGCCGAGGUCAUUGCUGAGAGAAUUGGUGAGGAAUUCAUUCGGGAUCUGGACCAGCUCAGGCGACUGCGUGACUAUGUGAAUGAUGAAGCUUUCAUCCGUGAUGUUGCCAAAGUCAAACAGGAGAACAAAAUGAAGUUUGCUGUUCACCUAGAAGAGCACUACAAGGUGAAGAUCAACCCCAACUCCAUGUUUGAUGUCCAGGUCAAGAGAAUUCAUGAAUAUAAAAGACAGCUGCUCAACUGUCUGCACAUAAUCACCUACUACAACCGCAUCAAGAAGGAGCCAAAUAAGCUGUGGACUCCUCGAACCAUCAUGAUUGGAGGAAAGGCUGCUCCUGGGUACCACACCGCCAAGAUGAUCAUCCGGCUGAUCACAGCCAUCGGUGAGGUGAUCAACAAUGACCCAGUGGUUGGAGAUCGUCUGAAGGUCAUCUUUUUGGAGAACUACAGAGUCACACUGGCAGAGAAAGCCAUCCCGGCUUCAGACCUGUCAGAACAGAUUUCUACAGCUGGCACCGAAGCCUCCGGCACCGGAAAUAUGAAAUUCAUGCUGAACGGUGCUCUGACCAUCGGCACCAUGGAUGGGGCCAAUGUUGAGAUGGCUGAGGAGGCCGGUGAAGAGAACCUCUUCAUCUUUGGCAUGAGGGUGGAGGAUGUUGAAGCACUCGACAAGAAAGGAUACAAUGCUGAAGAAUACUACAACAGCCUGCCUGAGCUGAAACAAGCUAUUGACCAGAUUGCUGGUGGCUUCUUCAGCCCCAAGCAGCCCGACCUGUUUAAGGAAAUUGUCAACAUGUUGAUGCAUCAUGACAGAUUUAAGGUCUUUGCUGACUAUGCAGAUUACAUCAAAUGCCAGGAGAAAGUCAACGCUCUUUACAAGAACCCCAAGGAAUGGACCAAGAAGGUGAUCUACAAUAUUGCAGGAAGUGGCAAGUUCUCCAGCGAUCGUACUAUCACUCAGUACGCCCGGGAGAUCUGGGGAAUGGAGCCCACGCUGGAAAAGCUGCCUGCUCCUGAUGAUAAGCAUUAAACUGUCCUUAUGACAGCCAACACACACACACACACACACACACACACACACACACACACACAACACACACACACACACACACACACACACACACACACACACACACACACACACACACACACACACACAUACACACACACACACACACACACACACACACACACACACACACACACACACACACACACACACACACACACACACACACACACACACACAGGCUUUAGAACCUGUGUGAUGUCUGUCAGGAAGCCCCUAUAAACCUUCAUCCGCAGCAGCAGCAUCAAGCCAAAUACAAACAUUUUGAAAGUUUACAUGUUUCAUGCGUUCACGUGCACAACCCAGAGUUCAUGCUGGUGCUUAGACUUGUUAGUUUUCACUGGAGAUGUAAAAGUCGCUGUUCAGCUGCUGGAGGUGGAUGAAGUCAGGUUUGUGGCAGGCUUUGUACAUUUUUUUGCCGAAACCUUUUAUAAAAAUAUUUGCUCUUUUAUGUCCACUCAGAAUCAUUCUGAAUAAAAGUUGUCUUAAAAACAA